UCCGCGGGAGCAGGUGGGCUAUCCCGCGGGAGCGAGGAACAUUCCGAGGAUCUGGGGCCCGGCAGGGCCAAGGGCGCGCGGGGUCUGCGGGCGCAGGUGGCGAGAGCCGGGUGUGCCAGUGGAGGCGCGGUGCCGCCCGUGGUGGUCGGUGUGACCGGGGCGCGGGCCCGGCUCAGGGAACGGUGGGAGCCGGGGCUCCGGUGAGGCAUCAAGAAGCAGGCCCCCGGGGACUGGCGCCCUGGCCUGGGCAUGAGGCGCGGCGGGGCGGGCAGGAGCGGGAGGAGGAGCCGCCGCCGCCGUUGACCCGGCCGGCCGGGAAGAGGGAGAGAUGCGGAGCCCGGCGGCCCGCGCCCCACUUCCAACACCGCUGCCGCUGCUACUGCUGCUGCUGCCGCCACUACUGGGGGACCAAGUGGGACCCUGUCGUUCCCUGGGUCCUGGGGGACGCGGUUCCUCGGGGGCCUGCGCUCCCGUGGGCUGGCUCUGUCCAGCCUCAUCCUCGAACCUCUGGCUCUACACCAGCCGCUGCAGGGAUGAGGGGACGGAAUUGACUGGCCAUCUGGUGCCCCACCACGAUGGUCUGAGGGUCUGGUGUCCAGAAUCCGGGGCCCACAUCCCCUUGCCGCCAGCGCCCGAAGGCUGCCCCUGGAGCUGUCGUCUUCUGGGCAUUGGAGGCCACCUUUCCCCACAGGGCAAGCUUGCCCUGCCCCAUGAGCACCUGUGCUUAAAGGCCCCACGGCUGAGAUGCCAGUCUUGUAAGCUGGUGCAGACCCCAGGGUUCAGGGCAGGGGAAAGCUCAGCAGAAGCGUCCAUGGGUGGACGUCGGAAGAGGAAUGUGAAUACAGCCCCCCAGUUUCAGCCCCCCAGCUACCAGGCCACAGUGCCUGAGAACCAGCCAGCAGGUACCCCUGUGGCAUCUCUGCGGGCCAUCGACCCAGAUGAGGGUGAGGCAGGUCGGCUUGAGUACACUAUGGAUGCCCUGUUCGAUAGCCGCUCCAACCAUUUCUUCUCCCUGGACCCAAUCACUGGUGCAGUAACCACAGCCGAGGAGCUGGAUCGUGAGACCAAGAGCACCCAUGUCUUCAGAGUCACAGCGCAGGAUCACGGCAUGCCCCGACGCAGUGCCCUGGCCACGCUCACCAUCUUGGUGACUGAUACCAAUGAUCACGACCCUGUUUUUGAGCAGCAGGAGUACAAGGAGAGCCUCAGGGAGAACCUGGAGGUUGGCUAUGAGGUGCUCACCGUCAGAGCCACAGAUGGUGACGCCCCUCCCAAUGCCAAUAUUCUGUACCGCUUGCUGGAGGGGCCUGGGGGCAGCCCCUCUGAAGUCUUUGAGAUUGACCCUCGCUCUGGGGUAAUCCGAACCCGUGGCCCUGUGGAUCGGGAAGAGGUGGAAUCCUACCAGUUGACAGUGGAAGCAAGUGAUCAGGGUCGGGACCCCCGUCCACGGAGUGCCACAGCUGCUGUUUUUCUGUCUGUGGAGGAUGAUAAUGACAACGCCCCCCAGUUCAGUGAGAAGCGCUAUGUGGUCCAGGUGCGGGAGGAUGUGACCCCAGGAGCUCCGGUACUCCGGGUCACAGCCUCGGAUAGAGACAAGGGCAGCAAUGCCCUGGUGCAUUACAGCAUCAUGAGUGGCAACGCUCGGGGACAGUUUUAUUUAGAUGCCCAGACUGGGGCUCUGGACGUGGUGAGCCCUCUUGACUAUGAGACGACCAAGGAAUACACCCUACGGGUUCGGGCACAGGAUGGCGGCCGCCCCCCUCUCUCCAACGUCUCCGGCUUGGUGACAGUGCAGGUCCUGGAUAUCAAUGACAAUGCUCCCAUCUUCGUCAGCACCCCCUUCCAGGCUACUGUCCUGGAGAGUGUCCCCUUAGGCUACCUGGUUCUCCAUGUCCAGGCCAUCGAUGCUGAUGCUGGUGACAAUGCCCGCCUGGAAUACCGCCUGGCGGGGGUCGGGCAUGACUUCCCCUUCACCAUCAACAAUGGCACAGGCUGGAUCUCCGUGGCUGCGGAGCUGGACCGGGAAGAGGUUGAUUUCUACAGCUUUGGAGUAGAAGCCCGCGACCAUGGCACCCCAGCACUCACUGCCUCGGCCAGUGUCAGCGUGACCAUCCUGGAUGUCAAUGACAAUAACCCAACCUUUACCCAACCAGAGUACACGGUGCGGCUCAACGAGGAUGCGGCCGUGGGCACCAGCGUGGUGACGGUGUCGGCCGUGGACCGUGAUGCCCACAGUGUCAUCACCUACCAGAUCACCAGCGGCAACACCCGAAACCGCUUCUCCAUCACCAGCCAGAGUGGGGGGGGGCUGGUGUCCCUCGCCCUGCCGCUGGACUACAAACUGGAGCGGCAGUACGUGCUGGCUGUUACUGCCUCCGAUGGCACACGACAGGACACGGCCCAAGUGGUGGUGAACGUCACCGACGCUAACACCCAUCGUCCUGUAUUUCAGAGCUCUCACUACACGGUGAAUAUUAACGAGGACCGGCCAGCAGGCACCACGGUGGUGCUGAUCAGUGCCACAGAUGAGGACACAGGUGAGAAUGCCCGCAUCACCUACUUUAUGGAGGACAGCAUCCCCCAGUUCCGCAUCGAUGCAGACACAGGUGCUGUCACCACCCAGGCCGAGCUGGACUAUGAGGACCAGGUGUCCUACACCCUGGCUAUCACCGCCCGGGACAAUGGCAUUCCUCAGAAGUCUGACACCACCUACCUGGAGAUCCUGGUGAAUGAUGUGAAUGACAAUGCCCCUCAGUUUCUGCGGGACUCCUACCAGGGCAGUGUCUAUGAGGAUGUGCCCCCCUUCACCAGUGUCCUGCAGAUCUCAGCCACCGACCGUGAUUCUGGCCUUAACGGCAGGGUCUUCUACACCUUCCAAGGAGGCGAUGAUGGAGAUGGUGACUUUAUCGUAGAGUCCACGUCAGGCAUUGUGCGAACCCUGCGGAGGCUGGAUCGUGAAAAUGUGGCCCAGUACGCCUUGCGGGCAUAUGCAGUGGACAAGGGGAUGCCUCCAGCUCGCACGCCCAUGGACGUGACGGUCACUGUGUUGGAUGUGAACGACAAUCCGCCUGUUUUUGAGAAGGAUGAGUUUGAUGUGUUUGUGGAAGAGAACAGCCCCAUUGGGCUGGCUGUGGCCCGGGUCACAGCCACGGACCCUGAUGAAGGCACUAAUGCCCAGAUCAUGUACCAGAUCGUGGAGGGCAACAUCCCUGAGGUCUUCCAGCUGGACAUCUUCUCUGGGGAGCUGACCGCUCUGGUGGACUUGGACUACGAGGACCGGCCUGAAUACAUCCUGGUCAUCCAGGCCACGUCGGCUCCCCUGGUGAGCCGGGCUACAGUGCAUGUCCGCCUGCUUGACCGCAAUGACAACCCACCAGUGCUGGGCAACUUUGAGAUCCUUUUCAACAACUAUGUCACCAACCGCUCGAGCAGCUUCCCCGGGGGUGCCAUCGGCCGGGUGCCUGCCCACGACCCCGACAUCUCCGACAGCCUGACUUACAGCUUCGAGCGGGGAAAUGAACUCAGCCUGGUCCUGCUCAACGCGUCCACGGGCGAGCUGAGGCUGAGUCGGGCACUGGACAACAACCGACCUCUGGAGGCCAUCAUGAGCGUGCUGGUGUCAGACGGCGUGCACAGUGUGACCGCUCAGUGCGCACUGCGUGUCACCAUCAUCACCGACGAGAUGCUCACGCACAGCAUCACGCUGCGCCUGGAGGACAUGUCGCCCGAGCGCUUCCUGUCGCCCCUACUGGGUCUCUUCAUCCAGGCCGUGGCCGCCACGCUGGCCACACCCCCAGACCACGUGGUGGUCUUCAACGUGCAGCGGGACACCGACGCCCCGGGCGGCCACAUCCUCAAUGUGAGCUUGUCGGUGGGCCAGCCGCCAGGGCCCGGGGGCGGGCCUCCCUUCCUGCCUUCUGAGGACCUGCAGGAGCGCCUGUACCUCAACCGCAGUCUGCUCACGGCCAUCUCGGCGCAGCGCGUGCUGCCCUUUGACGACAACAUCUGCCUGCGCGAGCCCUGCGAGAACUACAUGCGCUGCGUGUCGGUGCUGCGCUUCGACUCCUCCGCGCCCUUCAUCGCCUCCUCCUCCGUGCUCUUCCGGCCCAUUCACCCAGUCGGGGGGCUGCGCUGCCGCUGCCCGCCUGGCUUCACGGGCGACUACUGCGAGACGGAGGUGGACCUCUGCUACUCGCGGCCCUGCGGCUCCCACGGCCGCUGCCGCAGCCGUGAGGGCGGCUACACCUGCCUCUGCCGCGAUGGCUACACCGGUGAGCACUGUGAGGUGAGUGCCCGCUCAGGCCGUUGCACCCCGGGUGUCUGCAAGAAUGGGGGCACCUGUGUCAACCUGCUGGUGGGCGGCUUCAAGUGCGACUGCCCAUCCGGAGACUUUGAGAAGCCCUUCUGCCAGGUGACCACGCGCAGCUUCCCCGCCCGCUCCUUCAUCACCUUCCGGGGCCUGCGCCAGCGCUUCCACUUCACCCUGGCCCUCUCGUUUGCCACCAAGGAGCGUGAUGGGCUGCUGUUGUACAAUGGGCGCUUCAACGAGAAGCAUGACUUUGUGGCCCUCGAGGUGAUCCAGGAGCAGGUCCAGCUCACCUUCUCUGCAGGGGAGUCGACCACCACCGUGUCCCCGUUCGUGCCCGGAGGGGUCAGUGACGGCCAGUGGCACACAGUGCAGCUGAAGUACUACAAUAAGCCGCUGUUGGGUCAGACAGGGCUCCCGCAGGGCCCAUCCGAGCAGAAGGUGGCUGUGGUGACCGUGGAUGGCUGUGACACGGGGGUGGCCCUGCGCUUCGGAGCUGUGCUGGGCAACUACUCCUGCGCUGCCCAGGGCACCCAGGGUGGCAGCAAGAAGUCUCUGGACUUGACAGGGCCCCUGCUGCUGGGCGGGGUGCCUGACCUGCCUGAGAGCUUCCCUGUCCGAACCCGGCACUUCGUGGGCUGCAUGAGGAACCUGCAGGUGGACAGCCGCCACGUCGACAUGGCCGACUUCAUUGCCAACAACGGCACCGUGCCCGGCUGCCCUGCCAAGAAGAACGUGUGUGACAGCAACACUUGCCACAAUGGGGGCACCUGUGUGAACCAGUGGGAUGCCUUCAGCUGCGAGUGCCCUCUGGGCUUCGGGGGCAAGAGCUGUGCCCAGGAAAUGGCCAACCCGCAGCGCUUCCUGGGCAGCAGCCUGGUGGCCUGGCAUGGCCUCUCGCUGCCCAUCUCUCAGCCCUGGCACCUCAGCCUCAUGUUCCGCACACGCCAGGCCGACGGCGUCCUGCUGCAGGCUGUCACCAGGGGGCGCAGCACCAUCACCCUGCAGCUUCAGGAGGGCCACGUGGUGCUGAGCGUGGAAGGCACUGGACUGCAGGCCUCGUCUCUCCGGCUGGAGCCAGGCCGGGCCAAUGAUGGCGACUGGCACCAUGCACAGCUGGCACUGGGAGCCAGUGGGGGCCCCGGCCACGCCAUCCUGUCCUUCGACUAUGGGCAGCAGCGGGCAGAGGGCAACCUGGGCCCCCGGCUGCACGGGCUACACCUGAGCAACAUUACCGUCGGGGGAGUGCCUGGGCCGGCCAGUGGUGUGGCCCGCGGCUUCCGGGGCUGUUUGCAGGGUGUUCGGGUAAGCGAGACGCCUGAGGGUGUUAGCAGUCUGGAUCCCAGCCGUGGGGAAAGCAUCAAUGUGGAGCCAGGCUGUAGCCUGCCAGACCCCUGUGACUCGAACCCAUGUCCUGCCAACAGCUAUUGCAGUGACGACUGGGACAGCUAUUCCUGCAGCUGCGAUCCAGGUUACUAUGGUGACAACUGUACUAACGUGUGUGACCUGAACCCAUGUGAGCAUCAGUCCGUGUGUACCCGAAAGCCCAGUGACCCCCAUGGCUAUGUCUGCGAGUGUCCCCAAAAUUACCUUGGGCCAUACUGUGAGACCAGGAUUGACCAGCCUUGCCCCCGAGGCUGGUGGGGACACCCCAAAUGCGGCCCGUGCAACUGUGACGUCAGCAAAGGCUUCGAUCCGGACUGCAACAAGACAAGCGGCGAGUGCCACUGCAAGGAGAACCACUACCGGCCCCCUGGCAGCCCCGCCUGCCUGCUGUGUGACUGCUACCCCACGGGCUCUCUGUCCCGAGUCUGUGACCCUGAGGACGGCCAGUGUCCAUGCAAGCCAGGCGUCAUUGGGCGCCAGUGUGAUCGCUGUGACAACCCUUUUGCUGAGGUCACCACCAACGGCUGUGAAGUGAAUUAUGACAGCUGCCCACGGGCCAUCGAGGCUGGGAUCUGGUGGCCCCGUACCCGCUUCGGGCUGCCUGCUGCUGCCCCCUGCCCCAAAGGCUCCUUUGGUAGGUGCUGGAGGCCCAGAAUGUGAGACUGAGGACUUGGCCUUUCAUCAGUGGGGUGAGGGUGGGGAGCCCCUGGCUACUGAUCAUAGGACCCCACUUUCCAGCCUCCAGGUCCUGGGGACUC